AACCAUCAUGUCAUUAAAAUGUCUGAUUGUCUGAGGCGUUAAAAGCAUCACAUAAGAUAACAGAGUUAUUGUACAUAUAUAAAAGUAAGUUUAUAUGUCGCAAAUUCAUUAGUGGUUAACUUUUGGGCAGUCAACAUGAAGAUAUUACUGUUAAUAUUUCCCGUCAUCGUUAUGGGUGAUGUAUCGUCUCACGAAAUGAAAGAAUGGUUAUCCCAAGUUAUGGUUACAUACGAAGUAGCAUUUUUGAGAAUGGGUGUAAAAAAACUGAAUCCCAAUUGUACCCAAAACUAUGAAUAUUUCGAGAACGCGGGAAAGAAAGUGAAAAAGUGCGUUGUGGAUGUGAUGACGUUCGAAACGAACACAAUAUGCGGAAUUGCUAGGGCUCACUAUCAAAAGUGUUCAGAACCAUUGAUAAAUGCCAUCGCUGGUUGCGUGGAUAGGGAAUAUCGAGAUGUACCUUCGUUCAUCCUAAAUACCAUCGAUAGUAUCAUCAAUUUUGUUUGCAAAUCCAAAGGGAAACAUCUUUUUGAGUUGAUGAAUCCAUGUUUCUGGAGAACGGAAGAUGACAGUCUCAAAACGUGCGAAAAGUUAGUUAAUGACAAAAUCGGCCAUUGGUUGUUCGUUGAUGACUUAGAUGACCCCUACACAGUGACAGAUAUCUGUGGCUUCUUCGAUUCGGUGAAGGACUGUUUUUAUAACCAUUUACGAGGUGGUUGUAAAAAUGUUGUGACUUUAGAAGCUUUUGGAGGAUUGUACGAAGCUUUAAGCAAAGAAUGCAAGAACUCGAAGUCUCCACUAACAAACGAUUUGAAGAAUUAAAUACUUACAUUAUUUGUGACAAAUAAAAUAAAAUAUUAAAAAUA